CCGGGGCAGAGCCGGGCCGGCCCGAGCGGGGCCGUUGCGGGCGGCGGGGCCGCGCUGAGGCGGAGGCGGCCAUGGAGGGGCUGGCGGGGUACGUGUACAAGGCGGCCAGCGAGGGCCGCGUGCUCACCUUGGCCGCGCUGCUGCUGAACCGCUCCGAGAGCGACAUCAAGUACCUGCUGGGCUACGUGAGCCAGCACGGCGGGCAGCGCUCCACGCCGCUCAUCAUCGCCGCCCGCAACGGGCACGCCAAGGUGGUGCGGCUGCUGCUCGAGCAUUACCGCGUCCACACGCAGCAGACCGGCACCGUCCGCUUCGACGGCUUUGUCAUCGACGGGGCCACCGCGCUGUGGUGCGCGGCCGGUGCCGGCCACUUCGAGGUGGUCAAGCUGUUGGUGAGCCACGGCGCCAACGUCAACCACACCACAGUGACCAACUCGACGCCGCUGCGGGCGGCCUGCUUUGAUGGCCGGCUCGACAUUGUGAAGUACCUGGUGGAGAACAACGCCAACAUCAGCAUCGCCAACAAGUACGACAACACCUGCCUGAUGAUCGCGGCCUACAAGGGCCACACGGACGUGGUGCGGUAUCUGCUGGAGCAGCACGCCGACCCCAACGCCAAGGCCCACUGUGGGGCCACCGCCCUGCACUUCGCCGCUGAGGCCGGCCACCUGGAGAUCGUCAGGGAGCUGGUCAAGUGGAAGGCGGCCAUGAUGGUCAACGGUCACGGCAUGACGCCGCUCAAAGUGGCCGCCGAGAGCUGCAAGGCCGACGUGGUGGAGCUGCUGCUGGCUCACGCUGACUGUGACAGGAGGAGCAGGAUUGAAGCUCUGGAGCUGCUGGGGGCCUCGUUUGCCAACGACAGGGAGAACUAUGACAUUUUGAAGACUUACCACUAUUUAUAUUUAGCCAUGCUGGAGAGGUACCGCGACAGCGAGAAUGUCAUCGAGAAGGAGGUGCUUCCCCAGAUCGAGGCUUACGGGAACAGGUCGGAAUGCAGGACCCCUCAGGAAUUAGAGUCCAUUAGGCAGGACAGAGAUGCCCUUCACAUGGAAGGCCUCAUAGUGCGGGAGAGGAUCCUGGGCUCGGACAAUAUCGACGUCUCCCACCCCAUCAUUUACCGGGGCGCCGUCUACGCGGACAACAUGGAGUUCGAGCAGUGCAUCAAGCUCUGGCUGCACGCCCUGCACCUGCGGCAGAAAGGCAACAGGAACACCCACAAGGACCUGCUGAGGUUCGCUCAGGUCUUCUCACAGAUGAUCCACCUGAACGAGCCCGUGAAGGCCAAGGACAUCGAGAGCGUCCUGCGCUGCAGCGUGCUGGAGAUCGAGCAGGGCAUGGCACGCAUCAAAACCACGCCGGACACCGACAUCCACACGGCCAUGGACAACUACGAGUGCAACAUCUUCACCUUCCUCUACCUGGUGUGCAUCUCCACCAAGACGCAGUGCAGCGAGGAGGACCAGUCCCGCAUCAACAAGCAGAUCUACAACCUGAUCCACCUGGACCCGCGCACGCGCGACGGCUCCAGCCUGCUGCACCACGCCGUCAACUCCGGCACGCCCGUGGACGAUUUCCACACCAACGACGUGUGCAGCUUCCCCAACGCCCUGGUCACCAAGCUGCUGCUGGACUGCGGCGCCGACGUCAACGCCGUGGACAACGAGGGGAACAGCCCCCUGCACAUCAUUGUGCAGUACCACCGGCCCAUCAGCGACUUCUUGACGUUGCACUCCAUCAUCAUUAGCCUGGUGGAGGCCGGCGCCCACACGGACAUGACCAACAAGCAGAAGAAAACCCCUCUGGAUAAAAGUACCACCGGGGUAUCCGAAAUCCUCCUUAAAACUCAAAUGAAGCUGAGUCUCAAGUGCCUGGCUGCCCGCGCCGUGCGGAUCUACAACAUCAGCUACCAAAACCAGAUCCCCAGAACUCUGGAGGAGUUUGUCCAGUUCCACUAGGCCGUGUCCAACCUUUCGUGGUGGUGCUAUCCCGGGACGACACCAGACAGCAGAAUACACCCGUGUCCAUGAA